GGAAAGCGCAUUCAUACUAGUGAUUCAACACGCUUCCUGUACGAUGAUGCGUCAACAAGUAAGGAAUAUUGGUUGUCGAUAGAUGAGAUCCGAAUAUACAUACAGUGUAUGCCGAUAUGUGAUUGCGUUAGCCGGUUGUCAUGCAAUACGUUUAGUCUAUAGGCGCAUUAAUCAGGAUGAACAUAUCGGAAUUUUUCAAUUUGACUACGGUACCCAACGUAGUUGUUACAGAACAGACUAAUGCAGUGAAAAGCACGACUAUAACGACAGACUUGAAUACAACAUUGAAACAUCCGUCUCAUGUAUUCCUUGAUGAGCCUAUAUUCGAUGGAGAUCCUCACAAAAUAAGACUAAGUCAAAGUUUGACUGCUUUGUCAAUAUUAAUUCUCGUUGAGGUCAUGCUUGGUCUGGGUUGCUCGGUUGAAAUUGACUUGCUCAGGAAACACAUCAAAAAACCUAUUGGUAUUCUUGUCGCAGGAUUUACACAAUUUAUCUUGAUGCCCUUGAUAGCUUUCGGAUUGGCGAAAGCCGCAAAUUUAUCAUCUGUUCCUGCACUGGCAACUUUAGUUACUGCUAGCGUACCAGGGGGAAUAUUAUCAAACAUUUUAGCAUGCUUAAUCAAAGGAGACAUGAGUUUAAGUAUACUUAUGACGACGACCUCAACGAUCUUAGCCUUGGCGUUUAUUCCUCUCAAUUUGUUCUUAUAUGGUUCUCAUUGGCUCCCAGUUGAUACAGGACUUGGUACAAUAGUCCCUUACUCAUCUAUUAUCUUGUCGUUUGCACUCAUGAUUGGACCCACUCUGUGUGGAAUAUUUAUAAAAUGGAAAUGGCCGGAAAUAGCCGGAAAAAUUACGACGGUUUGCAAAGUUUUGCUGAUUUUAACAAUUUCCGCCCUUAUUGUGAUAUCAGUGUUCCUGUAUGAAACUGAAUUAUUGAGAAAUAUACCACCCAAGUUAUGGCUAAUUGCCAUAUUUAUGCCAGCUAUCGGGUUCACCUUAGGAUUCAUAGGCUCAACUAUUUGCGGACUACGGGGAUCGGCAAGAAAAACUGUUGCAAUUGAAACAGGGUGUCAAAACAGUCAUAUGGGAGCAGCCAUACUUAAAGUCGCAUUUCCCGCCCAAAUGAUUGGGAGUUUUUUCCUUUUUCCCUUGGUAUACGGUGGAUUACAAUUUCUGGAAGGUGUUGUUCUUGUCAUAAUUACCUUGUUAUACAUGCAACUAACGCCCGAAUCAGCUCAGGAGACAAACUUUGGAGAUGAUGACAGUUCAAAAGCAGCGAAAGAAAAAUCAAUGUGGCAAAAACUGGAGGCAUGGCAACAGACUUGGUUGUCACGCCGUGGUGCCAGUGACAAACAACAUAUUUUACCAGGGGAGAAAAUAGUUCAUAACGAAGCAUCGGGUAUCGUAACAACAGUCGCACAGGACAUUGCUGAUGAGGCAUCACGCAGUCCAAAAUAAUACAGUGAUUGCGAAUAAAUCAAUACAGUUUUUUACCAACAGUGCCUCGAUCAGCGAUGAAUGUCACGGUGAAUAAUGUAGGCAUUCGUAUAAAUUAACAGCUUACUCGGAUUUAAAUUAGCAUGUUUCUAUUUUGCAGGUGUGAUAAGCAGUAAAUAUUAAAAGUAUUUCGCGCAACACAACCAUAAAAUUAAUGAAUUGUGCUAAUAUAUAUUGAAAAACACGAUUACCUUAUCGCCGUGAAGCAAAAAGCGCUCUAGUGCAUGAAAAAGCGAAUAUUUAUUGAGUAUAAUAUCCCUAUCUAAACAAUAGUUUUUGUAAUAUUGACAAAAUGUGUAGGCCUACACUCUUAUACUCAUUUUGCAAGACAGAAAUAGACAUUUUUAUAUUGUCAGUAUUUUCAUAUAUUGCAAGCGACACAUAAACAGAAAUUUUCGUGUUCUCAGCAUUUUUAUUUUAGCGAAUGCACCAUCUACUCCGACAAGGAUCAUUUCAAUCAUUUUUAUUUUCUAUCUUUCUGUAGUUAUUAAAUAGGAGCAUGACUAUAAA